AUGAUUGACAGCGAUUCCAAGUAUUUUUGUUUGAGUGGUGAUAUCCCUGUCGGCCAGAGACGGGUUGUUUCGGUAACUAUGGACGAGGAGCAAGACGAUGAGAGUGCAAUUGAACAUUUCAGCCGCUAUAGCAGCCUAUUAUCUCACGCUACAGGACCUAUCCCUGACGUGGACCUUGUCGCGUACCCUCCAUGCCUGGCAGGAUCUGCUAAAAAGGCCGUAUUUAAAUACUACUUCUUGUGGCAGUAUGCACAAAUGUCCUGGAAGGAGAUGAACCUGUGGAUGCGUCUGCCCCACCACCCAAAUAUCGUUCUGUUUGACCGGAUUUUCGUUGACGAGCUCGAGGGUCGCGUGGAGAACAUGUCGCGCGUUUUCAGACUGGAGUGGCUACAGCAGCUCAUAAAUGUUGUAGACAACUUGAACAUCCGAUACGGUAUCGCGCACCAAGACAUCGCCCCGCGAAACCUCCUGGUUGGCGAGUCAACAGACUCUGUCAUGCUCUUUGACUUGAGCUUUGCGGCUUCCAUCAAUUAUCCUUCACCUGGGGAGGAGAAUGGUUUCCGGAGUUUGCCUCACGAAGAGCAGAACCUCGAUGACCUUGGCCUGGAGUGGGCGAAGCAUCCAGGGGUGAAGCUAGACCAUCCAAUGGCAUCAUAUCUGCUCAUCUUACAAGAAUGGCGGGAGCGAAGGGCCGGAGACCUCUAUGCCCGGUAUGAGAGGCGGCAGGAUGUGCGGGAUAGGGGCGACAAGGCCUUAAACUGGGAACGGCCGCCGCAGAGACUUUUAGACAAUGGGACUUGGGUGCUUUCUAGCGGUAAAGUAAUCCACUGUCCGAAAUUGACUGCUGUUGCGGAAUUGAUUUAA